GCACUUUUAUUCACACCUACCCCAAGCCAUGUCGUUCAAGUUCCCCAGUUUGAAGUCCAUCCAAGACUCUCUCCCCAAGGUUGACCUUGAGAAUUUAACCAAGUCGAUUUCAAAUGUCAAUGCCUCCAAGGCGGUCCAAGACUACUCGGACCUGUUGAAGGACACCAUUCAGCCAUUUGCGUCCCGCACCCAAACUCUUAUUGCCACUCAGAUGCACCAGGUGCAACAGUUGGCUGCCACACACUACAACACCAACGUUGAGGUCAGUGAGUUGCCUGCAGACUAUCUUGAGUUGGAACAUCGUUGUGACUUGCUCUUGAAGUUGUACACCGAUUUAAUCCAUAUCACCAGUGACACUUAUGGCAAGGUCUCGUACGACUACCCACCUGGGAGCAACUCGUUUGCCCUCAUCCGGGACGCCAACGUUGGCUCAAUCAUCGGCAGCAAGUUCAAUCAAUUGAGAGCUGCUGCCACCCCUCAAGAAUUGGAACGUGCUCUUUUGGGAGGGGGCAGUGACAGCUCAGCAGAUGCUUCUGCUACUGCUGCUUCUUCCAACGAGUCCGAAAGUGCCGCCACAAAGCUUCCAAAGACUCUUUACCACGAAUUACACCAAAUCGCCAGCACCAAUGGAACCGCCUUUGAGUCUUCUACUCCAGUCGGUCAAGCCUUGCAAGAGCUCUCUGCCGCAUACCUUGCUGUAGGAGACGCUCGUCUUGAACAGGAUAAGCAGGUGAUGACAGAAGUCAACGCCAAAUUGGUUUCUGUGUUGAACGAUGAAUUCAUCAAGGUGACGGAAUUGCGUAAGCGUGUAUAUCUGUCUCGUCUGCAAUUCGAUCUUAUUCGUGCUGAGGUUGACGCUGAAGCCGAGGAAGAAAACGAAGAGUUGAUUGCCCGUGAAGACGAAUUGGUCAAUGCAACUGAAGCUGCCGUUUUGGAAAUGAAGAAGUUGUUGAAGCCAGCCAAGAAUGUUUCCUUGUUGAAGGUUCUUGUCCAUGCUCAACGUGACUACCAUGCGGCCUCUGCCAAACGCUUGGCUGCUGCUGCUGAUGCCUUGGACAAGAUUGACAUCGCUGAGGAUGAUGAUGACGAAGAGUAGGGAUUUUUUUUUAUAAUGAGUAUAUUUAUUAGUACGGAAAAAAAUAAACAAAUAAUGCAGAGAAUAUG